GCUUUGUUUUGUUUCGGUUUCCAGUAUUCCAUUGGAAUUCAGCUUCAAUCGUCGCCAGUCAGUGAGUCUCCGUUUGCCGUUCGCUGCAGUUAUCUUUGCCUUUGUGUUGAAGCUGUUGCUGUUCUAACUAACGACAUGAGUCGACUCGACAAGUUACUGCCCUGCUCGGUCAAGCUUUCCAAGAUCCUGGGCAAGUCCGGCCACGACGUGCUCUGCAUCAUUGACCGUGCGGUGCCUGCGGAGCUGGCCGAUACCUUUGAGGAGCAUCGCAGCUAUGAUAAGGCCUUCGACAGUGUCGUAUCGUGCUUCAAGUCGCCACGCCUUGAUCUUCCCGUGAUCUAUGCUCCCGUGGCGGAACUGACGGACUAUGCGGAUGUCCGUUGCUAUCAGAAGGCGGCAGCGCAGUCGCUGCAGCGGGCCAUUAAGUCCGGCUUCCGUUCACCGUUGCUGGUGGUGCCUCAGAGCAAGCGUUUCACCCACGCCGAGCUGUGCACGGUUUUGGGUGCGCUGGAGGGACUCUAUGUGCCCAUUCAAUUGCGCGAGGAUGUGCCGGAGAAGAAGCAACGCAUCAGUUCGCUCUCCGUCAUGAUUAACAAUCCAAAUGCCGAGGAGAUCAUUAAGGAUGCUUUGUUGCUGGAGUCUGGUCGUCAUGUUGCCCGCGACAUUGGCAUCGGUGAUCCGGAGCGCAUGGCGCCGUCUUCGGUCGAGGCUUACAUCAAGCCGCUGUUCGACAAUCUGAAGGUUACGGUCAUCGACGAUGUCAACGUGAUCAACAAGGAGUAUCCGCUCUUUGGCGCCGUCAAUCGGGCUGCCAACAUGGUCAAGCGUCAUCAGGGACGCAUCAUCUAUCUGGAAUACAUACCGCCCACUCCGGCACGUAAAACUCUGCUGCUGGUCGGCAAGGGAGUCACUUAUGAUACGGGCGGUGCUGACAUCAAGGCUGGCGGCAUUAUGGCCGGCAUGUCGCGGGACAAGUGUGGAGCUGCUGCCGUUGCCGGCUUUAUGCAGGUUGUUAGCCAACAGCAGCCCAAGGAUAUUCAUGUUAUAGGCGCUCUUUGUAUGGUACGCAAUUCCGUUGGCGAGGAAUGCUAUGUAGCUGAUGAAAUCAUUACCUCGAGAGCUGGAGUCCGGGUGCGUGUUGGCAAUACGGAUGCCGAGGGCCGAAUGUGCAUGGCGGAUGUGCUGUGCCGCAUGAAGGAAUUGGUCAUUGAGGGCAAUCUACCCAAUCCGCAUAUCUUCAGCAUUGCCACCUUGACGGGUCAUGCUUUCAUAUCGGCAGGAGAAGGCCAGUCCAUCAUUGUGGACAACAGCGUGGCCGCCAAGGCUGAUCAUGCUCGCAAACUGCAGGCAGCUGGUCAAGUCUUUGGCGAACCCUUCGAGGUCUCUGUGUUGCGUCAGUGUGACUUCGAUUUCAAUGCCGGCAGGGUCAUUGGCGAGGAUGUCGUCCAAUCCAAUAACUUGCCAUCGGUGCGAACUCCGCGUGGUCAUCAGGUGCCCGCUGCAUUCAUGAUCAAGGCCACAGGUCUGGACAAACAUGGCCUCGACUCCAGUAAGCCGAUCAGGUAUUCGCAUCUGGAUAUUGCCGGUAGUGCUGGCGAGUAUCCGGAUAUGCCCACGGCAGCCCCAAUUGUUGCCCUGGCUAAGACCCAUUUAAUCGAUUAGAUGCAAUCAAUGCCACGGACAGUACUUAUUUACCUUAUCACAUACUAUAUAUCCACUGUAUGCAUCACUCUCUUAAAUUCAAUGUGAAUAAACUUGUAACCUUGUAUUAUCAUACCUA